UGCAUUUUAUUAAAUGGAUUUGUGAUGAUGUCUGCAGUGUUGUGUUUGUUGCUGGAUCAUUGCACAGUGAAAGCCAAUAUUGUUAUAAUAAAUUAAGGCAUUAUCUUAGAUUGAGUACGCUUUACAAAUAAAUACAAAUCUAUCGUAAUUUGUGUAGUAAAACAUUAGCUCCUCAACAUUUGCAGUUAAUGGGUGAUUUAAAACUAGUUUUAGUGUAAUUUAAUAAUAACAAGAAACUUCUGUAAAUGCCAUAAGUCAGCUUAUCUCCCUCUGGUUUAAUUAAUAAUAUCGUACUGUUCCAACUUCUAAGCAAGAUUUGUAUUGGAUCAUAAACAGUCAUAACAACUCAAAAAUGAAGGCUGCUUUGAUAUUUGACACUGUUAAUGAUUUGGUGUUUGGUAAAUGGGACUCCACAUUUAUAGAGCGAAUGAAAACAUUCAGUUUACAGGAGAAUCAAAAUGAUGUGACUGAGAACAAUACUGUGUCUCAACUGCUAGCUCCUAUCAUAACAUCCCAGCGUGUUAUGGCUGCACAAUUUGGUAACACAUACUCUUCUAUACAGUGCAAGGACAAAACUACAAUUGUCUUUGAUGAGUGGCUAGAUCAUGUGUUCAUGAUUAUAAGCGAAGACUACGUUGAUGAUGCCCAUAGAGAACUCUUGGACUUCAAAACUUUUGUGCAACACAUUUGUGGCCAAAACAUUAAUCUUCUACAUUCUUCAAUAUAUCAAGACUGGCUCUCGGUUCUCCUGGACUGUCGCACCAAAGGAGAUACCAUUCCUGGUGCCAAUGGGGUUAUUGGUGAAAGUGGCGCUACUACGUCUGCACUUAAUGCGCUUAAAAGUGUCUCAAAAAGUCUCAAGUUGCCUUACAACCACAGUCAUCUUAUGUUAUUUGUUGGAGACAAGCUACUUGCACUUUAUUCCAGUCGCGGAACUGAAGACCUGUCGCCACCGGACCUGAUUCUAUUGAGCAUCCAAUGCAUCGCUGCUCAAGAGUACUGGUUGGAAGUUCAAAAUGAGGACAACAAUCCUGAUAAUCAAGAAAUAAUUCGAUUACCUUGGUUGUCAACGGAAAAUAGCGCGGUGGUGAAUUUAUGCGCGGGACCUGGGGCCAGCCCUUGUGCACCACAUUCCAUACAUUUAGCGGAGAUUGCCCCCAGGAUUACGUUUGCCGUCGUUGUUGAUUUGGAUUUGAGAGAAACCGGCAUUUCAGCAUACAUGUCAAACCAAAUAUUAUCCAAUUUAAGACGACUGCUGUUGCAAAGGAAUUUAGAGUUGCUGCCCAAUACAUUGGACUCUUUAGAAGCAGCAUUAAAAAAGACAACAGAUGCCUUGCGUAAAAAUAAAGCGAAUGCCAACCUCUGCGCUCGGCUUACAAGCCGUAUGUUGGAACUUCGUAAAUCGUGCACUACCACGACCCCGUUAACUCCUGAAACCACGGCAACGGCCAUGCAUACGGCACUCGAAGCUGUCAUAGAACAGUUGAAGCCCGACAUACCAAGUUUGAAAAUGGAAAAGGCUUUGAAAGACCUGAAAGGAAUAUUGUCGCCGUACGUCGAAUUUCUUGGUGUGAAAGCGAAGAGAUACUUCAGCAUGGCAUCGAGCACGGGUGAGACGGAUGCGAGUUGUUCCCUAACGCUGCACAAGUAUGUGGAGGAGUUCCCCGGACUCAUCCACUUCAUCUACGUGGACCGUACUGCUGGAAGGUUCCUCGCACCCGAUAUGGCUGAUUGCGCUGACAUGCUCGCUCCAGAUACGGUGCGACGCGCAGUAUGCCGCAGCUUCGCGGUAGUGCGCGAAGGCUACUGCGCGGCCACGUGGCGGCGCGGCGCGCUGCACGGCUGCGCGCUCGUGUGGUGGGAGCGCCGCGGCCAGCCCGUGCGUCCCGCCGUGCCUCCCCACCCGGCCGCUGUACGAGCGCUGCCACCGCCAGGAGACAUUCGCGGAAGCUUCUACAGGCAACUACUAGAGCUCGCAUUCCCGGGUGAUUCCCGCGGCGUAUCCGUGAAGGAACUGAUCUGCAUCCACCUGGGUCUACUGCCCGCGUCGACAGCCGUGCAACAAGCGCGCCGCCUCGCUCACUCGGUACAUGAGCUGGCGGGCGACGUUGCUACCGGCGCUGCCGAUCUGCUGUAAACCCUAACUUAAAAAAAAACAGAUAUCCUUUUUGGGCAGCCUGUAUCUAAACUUGCCGUACCUUUUAGUUUAUGGUAGCUUUAGCAUAAGCUUGACGUCGUAAGGUAACGAUAGAUUUAAGGGAUGAAAUUGUAUUUAAAUUAUCCAUGUAGGUAUGUAGGAAUAAGACUAGAUGAGCAAUGUGCAUCAAAAUCUGCAUAAUGUUGACCAAACGGAAGCUGUUGAAGUACUUGAAUGAUAAUAGUGAUGCUUCUUAUCAAUUUUCACACAUUCUCAGGGCCGUGUGAUAUUUGGCCACUUCGUUCCCUUUUUUCGUCGCCAUAAAACUUUAUGGCCACACUAAAGCGCAGGUUAACCGACAACAUAAACGUCAGUUUUCUUAACCGGACUGUAAAGUGAGCCCUAACAAUACUGUUUUAAUUAGACUUUUAUCGUAAUGUAUGCUAGUCGAAGAGUUAUUCGUUUUUGUUUGUAAGUGUAGAAAGUCAGGAGACAUGACAUUCCGGAUUUUACAUUCCUGAUUUUAGAAUUAGUUUGAUUCCAAUGCUUUUAUCUGCAAAGGUGCCAAAUAAGAGAAGAUUCCUUAGGGAGUGUUGCAAGAACUCGAUUAGAUUUUAUUGGGAGUGAGGAAGGGGGAUACGCCCUUCCUUCCCAUUAGGUUAUAUCCUAAAAUACUUAUUGCCUGUAUUAAAAGUAUUUUACGUUUUGUAUUUUAUUAAUCAAUUUAAAUGUUUAUUAUUAUUAUUUACGUGUUGAAAGUGACAUUUUUGUAGCAUGUUUUUUUUAUUAAAUUUAUUAUGAAUAAAAAUUCAAUUAUAGAAA